AACUCCCGGUCGCGGUUCGAAGCUGCUGUCAGCGGCGUCGUCAUCUAGUCGUCUGAACUCUGGAGCUUCUGGCAUCGGUGUCGUCUGGUCGCCCUGGUCGGCGGUGUCGUCUGGUCGCCCUGGUCGUCGGCGUCGUCGUUCUGGAACUCAGGCCUUCUUGCUCUCUGCCACGGAUAGCACUGAAUAUCCUGUUAUCGUUUGGAAAGCAGUUGGUCUAACCAUGAUAUGGUCAAGGCUAGGUAGGAGAAUCCAUCUCUCACCAUACUUUAGGACUUUGCAGAAUGCCUCUCCUGAAUCCAGGUGCCUAUCUAUUGUUUCUGAAGUAUCAAGUUACAAGUCCAUUAGUUGUAAUAUUGGGUUCCAACAUUUUUUCACUUCUACAAGACAAUUGUCAAAGCUUGACCAGGAACUGAGUACAAAGUCAUUCCAUCAGUGUUUUCACUCAUUGGCCUCUGCUUCACAGAAUGUUAGAAGUUCAGGUGCUACAUCCGGUGUUAGACAUUUUUCGUCUCAUGCGUCCAAAGAAAAGAAAUCACAAAAGAUGCUCUUAUAUUUGACUGGCUUGGUUUUUGGAAUGGUCGGAGUCACCUAUGCUGCUGUUCCCUUGUACAGGAGAUUUUGUCAAGCAACUGGCUAUGGGGGAACUGUUCAAAGGCGUGAGACUGUUGAAGAAAAGAUUGCACGACAUGAUAAAGAGAAAACAGUUGCCACAAGGGAAAUUGUAGUGCAGUUCAAUGCUGAUAUUGCUGAUGGCAUGCCAUGGAAGUUUAUUCCUACUCAAAGAGAGGUAAGAGUCAAGCCUGGAGAAAGUGCCCUCGCAUUUUAUACGGCUGAAAACAAAAGUUCCACUCCAAUAACUGGUGUUUCUACAUAUAAUGUCACUCCUAUGAAGGCUGCAGUGUACUUCAAUAAAAUACAAUGCUUCUGUUUUGAGGAGCAGCGGCUUCUUCCUGGGGAGCAGAUUGACAUGCCUGUAUUCUUUUACAUUGACCCAGAAAUUGAGACCGACCCUAGAAUGGAUGGUGUCAAUAACAUAAUAUUAUCAUACACUUUCUUCAAGGUUUCUGAGGAGUGAGAUCUCUUGAAUGUUUACAUGAGAUUCAAAUAACAAGCUUGCUACUUGCUACGACUCAAGGCAAACUAUGCUUAGCACAUCCAUGAAGCUCAAGAUAUGAUUACAUAUUUCUGGUGAUUUUUGAAGGACUGAACUUCAUUUGUAAUUCAAAUUCAAAAUAAAGAUGAAAUUACCUUUUCUCCCGGAAGUUUGCGAAGUUCUUGAUCGUUUCCAGAAGGGCUGUUAGAAAACUUUUCCGAUCAAGUUUUGAACAUUUGAGUUAUCAGCGCAUGAGGUUGUGAAUUACACUGAAUCUAUUGUCUAACUUGUAUUUGUAUCAUUCAGUAUCUCUUUUGCAUUAUUAGUCGCUUGUAGAACAGUUAAGAUAGUUCAAUAUCUUGCUGAAUCAGUGUUACUUCAGUGUCUUGACAUUACAAUGUGAAAUGAUAAAGUGAAGUAGUAAAAACCUUUUGAUCAAAUAACUUUAUUAUAAGUGGGCACAUCGACUCAAAUGCGAUUAGUCCUUCACUUUAUGACAUGGUAAAAUAGUUGAAUUGCCCAUUCAUAUCUUCUAACAGCAAAGUAUCCAGGUAAGUGGGU